UCCUGCCCCGGCACUGCCUCUUUGGGUUUGCUUCCCACCAGCGCCAUUCGUUCUCCAUAAAGGCACGUGGAUGCUGCACCUGCUCCCUGCAUCCUAACCCGGCUGCUCCCGGCACCCUCCCCACCCACCUGCACCAGGCUUGGGACCUGGCAGGAGUCCACGCAGGUCACACGUGACGGUUCACGCAUGCAGGACACGCACACAGCCAGCCAGCAGAGCAGAUAGGUUCCCGGGAGCCCUGCGCUGCGGGAACAACCCCACAAGGGGGCGGCCUCGAGCACAGAAUUUACCUCUCCCGGCUCUGGGGGCCAGGAGUCCCAAGACCAAAGUGUCAGCAGGGCUGGGGCCUUCUGAGGCCGUGAGGGAGCAUCUGCCCCGUGUCCCUGCUGGCUUCUGGGGGGUGCUGGCAGCCCGUGGCGUCCCUUUUCUUGUGACCUUCUCCCCUGACCGUGCAGAUACCCCGGCCUCACCAGGGCUCCGCAUUAGGGUUGCAUUAGGGCCUCCCUGACCCGGCAUGACCCUGUCUUAAGUUACAUCUGCUAAGACCCUAUUUCCAAGUAAGGUCAUGUUCUGAGAUUCCGGGUGGAUGUGAAUUGGGGGGACACGUUCAACCCAUUAGAGGAUCUAUUAAUAAGCGUUAACAAACUGUCAUGGGUUACCAUGCUGCUUUACAGAAAAGGCGAGUCAGUGCCCUUGGUGCUGCUCCAUUUCCAAGAAAGUUAAGUUAAAAAAGCUGUGCCACCACGAUAGAAGCAGGUUCCCACAGGUGUGUGUGAUGGGAUGGAAUGGCUCGUGUACACACGCUGCUUCUGGAGUGAAGCAGAGACCGGCAGCCCCAGUGGAGGGGACUGGCAGCUAGGUCAGGGAGACUCGCUGCUUUUCCCAAUACUUUUAUUUAUUUAAAUGCCAUUAGAUUUCUCGAUUCUAGAUCAAAAAGGCAUUCAUUUAUUAUGAGAAAAAAAUGUUUUUCAGCCAUAACGUGAUUUUUUUUAUUAGUUUUUUUGAGGUAUAAUUGACACAGAGACUCGCUUAUCAUUGUGUGUUUUUGACUGUUUUAAUUCCUUUUUACAAGCCAGGUGCAUUUUGUAGUUUCGGUUCAUUCUGUUGUUCAAAGGAGUGGGGCCCGCCAGACGGUCCCCAAACUCCCCUCCCUGCAAGUGGCAAACCCAGCCUGCGGCCACUUCCCGGAACUGACCAGGCCGAGCCCACCUCUUAUGAAACACGUGGGUUUCUGGUUUUCCGUGUGGAGUGGGAACGCCAAGCAGGCACAGGGGAGAACGUUUUAUCAGCAGCCCUGCUUGGACCAUCUUGGGGCCACGGCCUCAUUCCCUGGGGCGUCUCCCUGGAGCGAGCUCGCCAGGUCAAAGCACAUGCCCAUAUCUGUCUCUUGGGCAGUGGUGCUGCGAGGGUGUUCCCGAAGGACAGCUUUAGUUUUGAUGGUACCUCGUUGAGGUCUGAUUUUUGCCAUCGUUAGCAUAUUUCUACUUCCCUCUUUGCUCUGCCAGCCUCUGUUCCUUAUACCAUCCCUGCUGCCCCAGGGCCUUUGCACAAGCGGGUCCCUUCCUCACAUCACUGCCACCUCCUUGGGGGAGCCCUCCUGAUGCUCUCAGCCUGGGACGGGCUCUGGCAACAGAGGCCCCCGGAACAGGCACUCCUGUGUAGCUGCAAUAGUUUCUCCUUUAAAUGUGAGCUUGCCUUCACUCCCCGCUGGCCCCCUGGCCCCGAUGGCUGGGCAGGUGGUGAUGGCAUAAGGGUUCCCCGAAGGUCUCCCUGGGAGCCUGGGCUCCCCACACACUUUCCCAGUGUCCCCAACCCACGGCUCCCAGGCCAGACCAAUGACGGUGAAACCUGCGCCACUCACUCAGCCAUAGCUGAGACCACGUCCUCCUGGUGCACCUCCAGGCCAUGAGGGCUUCCUGGAGGAAAGAGCCUGCAGGUCUGGGAGGUUGGACAAAGGAUUUAGUAGAGGCAAAAGAUGAAAUGUUUAGGAGGUCCUGGGGGUUGGGGAGGAUGUGGCAGAGAGGAGGGGCUACAAGGGGUCAGCCUCCCACCCUCUGCCAGCCUGGGUGGGAGGGUGUCCAGUACUGAAGGACAGACAAGGCCCCCCGCACCUCGGUCCAGGCUUCUGCAUUCUGCACCCUCAGUGCUGGUGACGGGGAUGAAGAGGCCCGGGGAGGGCAGGGGGGCCGAAAGCUCAGUCUCUCUCCUCCCACCCCCGCCCUCAGCUAUGACUACCUGUCCCAGGAGGGGCCCCGCCGGACUCCGGCCAUCAAGCAGGCGACACGCUGGAAGCACUCGCCCAUGGGACACGAGGCAGCCGGCCAGCUGUGGUACACGGGCCUGACCAACUCGGACUCCCGAGAAGCCUGGAACAUGCUCCCUCGGGCUCUGGACAGCCCGCACCUCGAGGCUUAUGCCCACAGGCACGGAGGCCACAGCCCCCCGGCCUAUACCCAGCGUCUCCGGGAGACCGCCUGGUACGACCCCAUCAUCCCCGCGCAGUACAGGGGCCCCCGCACGCAGUACGGGAGCGUGCUGUGGAAAGACAGACCCCUCCGGGGCGAGGAGUAUGCGCCUGGAGCCAGACUUCCUUCCUCCCCACCAGGCCCCGGAGGUGACCUCAUUCUCCAGACCCUGGGCCGGCCCCAACAGUCCAGGAACUGGGAAAUGAAACCAAAACCACGCUUGGUAUUUCUCUGGAACUGGUGCCUGGAAGAGGCACCCCAGGCAGAUUCCUGGUGGCCUGGCGGCCACCCAGGGCCAGACAGGAACUGUAGACUCUGGUCAGAAGAAUGUGCUGCCCUGGCAGGAUGGACUCUACCCUGCUGCUGCCCAGGCCAUGUUAACCAUUGUCAGGGCCACGCUGCCUGGCUGGGGGACUUUGGGCGAGUGACUGCCUCUCUGGGCCUCCGUUUCCAGGAAAGGGAUCUAAUAAAAAUACCUCACAAAAUUGGCAUGAGAAAUGAGAGUUAAUGUGUGAAAUUGGGAGCUACUACUACUUUGAGCCACUUCCUGUCUCAGCAACUUCAAAGCCAUGAGAUGUCACACCUUUGCAAAAGCUGUUUCAACUACUUGGAGUGCCCCCCUACACACACACACUCCUAUUCGUCCUUCAAAACCCCAAAGCUAAUGUCCCCUCCUCCAGAGCUCUGCUCCUUCCUACGAAGCCCAGUCUACCCACCCGCCCCAGCCUGGACCCAACAGGAGUGUCCAUGUCUGGCUUUCCGGGUCCUCUCUGCGCUAGACGGGGAGCCCCGAGGGUCUUGUUAAGGGAAAGAAUGAGUCCGUCCCCACCACCCACAGACUCGGGUAAAAAAGAGAAGUGAGCACUGUGGCUGAGGUGACCUUCACUCAAGUCACCUUAUCAGGCAUCACAAGGGGCCACCCUCGCUUCCUCUCUCCACAGAUCUUCCUGGAUCUCUGCACGUGCAGGGAAAGGGCACAGGUGGAGGCCCUGGUAUCUGGUUGGGGCACCCAUCAUAAGCUGAAGGCAUAAACACAAAGCCUUCAGUGUACUGACAAAGGUGCCUCCACGACCCUAACCUCCCCUCUGCAAGGGGACUCAGCGUCUCCCUCUGGGGUCAGGUGGGACCGUCGCUGAACCUCAGCCCCCACCUACAAAACGGGAAGACAGGCUGUUACGAGGUCCCACCUCAGGGCCUUUGCACAUGCAACGUCCACUGCCAGGCAAACCUACCUGUGGCUGACUCCCAUCUCCUUAGAGGGGGCUCACCUGUCUGCCCCAGAGAAAAGAGCCCUCACAUCUCUCUGACCCAACAACUACCUUUUUUGUGUGUCAACGGGUCUACCCAACUAUUAUGAACAAAACU